GCUAAUGAUUCUUUCGGCAAAUUCACCUUUAAAUCUUUCCCAGAUUAUAAUUAUGAUUACGGUAUUAAACAGAACUCAAGUUUAGAAUCUCUGCCACUGCAAUUUACUCCAAAAAACCUGCUUCAAAUAAAGAGUACACAACCGUAUUACUGCUCAACUCUACUUGGGUUCUUACUACUAUUUCAAUUUAGCAGGUGUAUCAAGUUUUCUGAGAAAAUGGUGAAAAGGAUUGUGGAUCUUCGAUCAGAUACAGUCACAAAACCAACCGAAACAAUGCGAGCUGCUAUGGAAGGUGCUGAAGUUGGUGAUGAUGUUCUAGAACAUGACCCAACUGCUUUUCACUUAGAAUCAGAGAUGGCAAAGAUAAUGGGAAAGGAAGCAGGCCUUUUUGUCCCGUCCGGCACCAUGGCGAACCUUAUAUCCGUGCUUGUUCAUUGUGAAAGCAGGGGAAGUGAAGUGAUUCUUGGACACAACUCCCAUAUCCAUAUAUAUGAGAAUGGAGGCAUUUCAACUCUUGGAGGUGUGCAUCCUAGAACUGUUAAGAACAACGAUGAUGGAACCAUGGACAUUGAUUUGAUUGAGGCUGCUAUUAGAGAUCCAAAGGAGGAGAUUGUGUUUCCAACCACAAGGCUUAUCUGCUUGGAGAAUACUCAUUGCAAUCAUGGUGGAAGAUGCCUUUCAGUUGAAUAUACAGACAGAGUUGGACAGAUUGCUAAGAAGCAUGGACUGAAGCUUCACAUCGAUGGAGCUCGCAUAUUCAAUGCAUCUGUUGCACUUGGUGUUCCAGUGGAUAGGCUUGUUCAAGCAGCUGAUUCAGUUUCAGUUUGCCUAUCAAAAGGUCUUGGUGCUCCAGUUGGAUCUGUCAUUGUUGGUUCCAAUAGCUUCAUUGCCAAGGCUAGGCGGCUCCGGAAAACGUUAGGUGGCGGUAUGAGACAGAUUGGGAUCCUAUGUGCUGCUGCACUUGUUGCUUUACAGGAAAAUCUUCCAAAGCUAGAAAGUGAUCACAAGAAAGCAAGACUCUUGGCUGAUGGAUUGAACAAAAUUCAGGGCCUGAGAGUGUGUACCUCUUCUGUGGAAACCAAUAUAAUAUAUGUUGAAAUAGAAGAGUCCUCAGGAACUACAGCAAUAAAGCUGUGCAAGGACUUAGAAGAAUAUGGUAUUCUUCUUAAGCAAACAGGCUUAUCAAGGUUGAGAGUUGUGUUACACCACCAAAUAUCAGAAAGUGAUGUUCAGUUCGCCUUGUCCUGCUUUCAGAAAGCUGUAAAUGGAGUACAAAAUGAAAAUGGCAACUAGUGGAAUUAUUUGAUAAUUGCUGCCAUGUAAUUUACUUGAAUCUAUAAUAAAAUAUGGGCCUUAGGGGGGUUAAUAAUCAUUUUGUAGUUAAAAUCU